GAGGGGCCCGGCCCCCUAGUAGUUCAGUAGUGCCCCGUCCCGUAGCGUCUAGCGUCGGGGGCCAGGGGGACCAGUAAUAGUCUGGCCGGCCAGCUUGGCGCACUCGGACACCCAGGACACCCGUCCGCGAGAAUGCCGACUCCGCCAUGCCGCCGGAGGCUGAUUAAUGAGAUGGGCCCGCCUAACUGAGUGCGUCUCGUCAGAGUCUGUCAACGCAAUCACGGCAGGCCGCGGCACACGGUGACCAGCGUGAUUGAAUCGAGAUAAGGACUGCCUGGCACUCGGGCGCUCUCCACCGAACAGCACCGUUUGUCGGUUUGUCGACACACGGCGUCUGCACUGCGCCCGCACCGCGUCCGCGAUGAGGCCCUGGUUCACGUUGCUGGCGGCGUGCUGCUGGCUGGCGGCCGCCGGCCCCUUGGGCGGCCCCGGCCCCGCCGAGGCCCUCCGCGUCCUGGGCUUGUUCCCGUUGCCCGCCCACAGCCACAACAUUUUCUUCAAGGCCAUGAUGGAGACGAUGGCCGAGCGGGGCCACGAGGUGGUCGUGUUCAGCCCCUUCCCGCGCAAGACGCCGCUCGCCAACCUGACGGACAUCAACACGGCCGAGGGCGCCCCGUCGCUGAUCAACACCUUCUCCUUCGACAAAGUCUCGAGCUCAUCCACCGUCAUCCCGGGCCAGGCCAUGUGGCAGUCCAUGCACCGCAUGGCGAGCUUCUCCGGGCCCAACCUGUGCAGGCAGGUGUUUAGCCUGCCGGAGUUCGAUCGGCUCAUGAACGGGGGCUACGGCAAGUUCGACGUCGUGUUCACGGAGAUCUUCGGGUCCGACUGCUGGGCCGCGGUGGCCUACAAGAUGAAGCUGCCCCUCAUCAGCAUGUCCUCCGCGCCCGACGUGGCGUUCAUGCACGAGCGGUUCGGCUCGGUCGACAACCCGUCGUACCUCGUCAACGUGUUCACGGGGUACACCUCUUCCAUGAACCUGUGGCAGAGGUUCAUCAACACCUGCACCACCGCGUACAUCAAGUGGCUGCACAAGACCAUCAUGAACGACCCGAGUGACGCCGUGGUCCGGGAGUUCCUGGGCGAGGGCGUGCCGCCCGUCGCCGAGCUCAUCAAGAACACGAGCCUGAUGCUGCUGAACCGGCACGUGAGCAUCCACGCCGCCAGGCCCGUCACGCCCAACAUCGUGCACGUCGGCGGCCUGCACAUCAAGCCCGCCCCGCCGAACUCGCUGGAGCCCGAGCUCAAGAAGUGGAUGGACGAGGCCAAGCACGGCGUCAUCUUCUUCUCGCUGGGCUCCAUGAUGAGGUCUGACUCGCUGCCCGUGGAGAAGCGGGACGCGCUGCUGGGCGCCUUCGCCAAGCUGCCGCAGCGCGUGCUCUGGAAGUUCGAGACGGACAACGUGGCCCUGCCGCCCAACGUGCGCGUCAGCGCGUGGCUGCCGCAGAUGGCCAUCCUCAGCCACCCCAACACCGUGCUCUUCAUGACCCACGGCGGCCUGAUGGGCACGCUGGAGGCGCUGCAGGCGGGCGUGCCCAUGCUGGGCAUCCCGCUGUUCGCCGACCAGUUCGCCAACACGGAGCUGUACAAGUCGCUGGGCGUGGCGGGCCGCCUGGACAUCCGCAGCGCCACCCUGGACAGCACGCUGGCCGUGCUGAGGGAGCUCACCGAGAAGCCCAAGUACCGGCAGCGGGCGCGCGAGGUGGCGGCGCUGUUCCGCGACCGGCCGCGGCAGGCCAUGGACGAGGCCAUCUGGUGGACCGAGUACGUGGUCCGCAACCACGGCGCGCCGCACCUGCGACCCCUCGGCGCCGACAUGGCGCUCCACGAGUACCUGCUGCUGGACGUGCUGGCCUGCGCGCUGGCCGCCGUCAUCCUGGUCGUCUUCGUCUUCAAGAAGCUGCUCGGCGUGCUGCUGCGGACGUCCGCGCCCGCCCGGUCGCAGGAGGACAUCAGGAAGAAGAACAAGUAGACUGGCAUGCCGUGCUGCCGCGAAGACGCGUGUGAUUGGCCAGUGGUGGCCUCGGCAACGGCCGAUGCAAGGACUGCGAUCCAAUGAGGGAAAUCUUUAAUUUAUUUCUUGCCUUCAUACCCGAUGGCGGCCGAAAGGACUUUAGUUUUCGAAUUACGUGGUCCCAUCGGGUCUGCUCUGCUGUGAUAACCAUGAGUCAUUGUACAAAUUGAGAGGCGCGACUGUGAAGAGAGAAAGUGUUGUUUUUUGUGAUUCACGGUUGACGCACUCACUGUUUUUGGCCGUAUCAGAGAAUCCUCUGUG